AUGCCGUACACGCCACCGUUGAGACAGUUGCGUUGCGAAACCGGCUUCGGCUCUAAAUCUAAAGACGAAAACAAAAACAAAGUCAUACAAGAAAUCAGUCCCUUACAAUGCCAAAAGCACUCUCGAUUGUGCAACUGCGGCGUAUACAGCACAGCUCGCAACCUGCCUCAAGACGACGAACAGAAUGUCUUAUCUCUACAUCGAGCGUUGCGGACUUCACCAGGCUCAGAUUCUAGCUCAGCUAGUUCGCCUACCAGUCCAAAAUCAGUCCACUUUGAUACAGUUUUGGAUAUUUGCCCAUUUUUCACUUCAGAGACUCCAAUUUCUGUAAGCACAAGAUCAUCUUCCACAUGUCGUACACUGGAUUCAAAGGAAUCGAGUCGCGAAUUUGGAUGGAUAGGCCCCGAUGAUACCGGCCCAAGCACUCCCAUCGGUUGGACAGCCGUGCCCUCUUACAAUAGGACCAUCACAAACACUACCAAUGAGCCACCUGUUAUCUUUUGUGGACUGCGUGUAGCAAAUGAACAGCAAAGCCUGGUCGGCUGUGCGGCAGUUGCGAAUAUAGCCUAUCACAAAUCGGUUACGUGUCUAUUUACAUUUGAUGAUUGGACAACGGUGUCAACGGUAGCAGCUACGUUUGUGAGGCAUGUUGAUAGUAAAGAUGCGAUUUUAGGACAUGAUUGGUUCACAUUUGAGAUCGAUAUAUCUGGCAUCAACGAUCUUCAACUACGCACAUGCUCCCUCUGCAUCCGGUACAUUGUUGAUAACCAGGAGUUUUGGGACAACAAUGGCGGGUCCAACUUUCAAGUCAAUUUUACGAAGCAAGAUCAAGAGAGGCGCCUACUAAACAAAGCGAACGUCCGAGACCAAGACGGAUCGAUCCCUUCAAUGGCAACCACUCUCUGGCAUUGCGAUUCAGAGCUUGGACAUAUCAACAAGGAAGAUUGCGGAAUGAAUUCUCCUGUCGAUGAAAUAUUCGAGGAAGUAACUCCCAUAAACAAAGAAAUGGUCAAUUAUCAACAGAAGCAGGACAUUUGGCUGGACAGUACAUUACAAACUGCAAACCGCGCCUCCAUGUUAUGUCCGGCACACAAGGAUUUUCUGGAAAAAUACUGUUUUUUCAGUUCUGAUUUGCGCCGAACUCCAUUUACUCAAGUGCCUUUUACCGAAAACGCAGCUCAAAACUCUGGCAUCUUCGCAUAG